GGUGAGCGGCCGCCCUCGGCUUUCCCUCCCUCCCUCCCUGCCGUGUGCCCUGCUCUGCUCGGUUGUUCGGUCGCCAUUAAUUUGCACGCUGCCAAAAAUCACGCAGCCUCUCUCUCUGGUUCCUCCCCUCCUCGAGCCGCCAGCAGGGCUCCGCACCGCAGUCCGCACUCCGCAGGCAUCUAAUCUUCCCCGCCGCACAGGCACAGCGGUUACACUGUUUCGACUCCGCCUCUUCCCCCGCGCGGCCGCGCGCGCGACAGACCACACGGGUCAAGGGCCGCGACCGGUUCAAGUCUCGGCGGCGACUGGGACUCCACCCCACCACGCGGACGCCACCCCUGCCGCGAUAUUCAAGUCCCCUGCCGCGUUUGCUUGUUGGCCGCUGAGGACUCGGGAAACGAGCAGAGUUGAAGAGCGGCAGGGGGGUUGCUGGUUGGUGGUUGCGGCCUGCACCAUCCAUCCAUGGACAUGGACCUCGUCCGGCGGGAGGCGGACAGGGGCGCCGCUGCGGAGUUCGUGGCUCUCGACAUCCGGGGCGAGGCGGAGUCGCCUCCGAACGACCCGGAAAUGCUGAUGGAAUCCUCGUUGGUCGCCGCAAAGGAGUUCGAGCGGGAUCGGAGAGCAGACGCCAAUUCUUCAUCCACCGGUGCUGCAGGUGCGUAUGAGAAGCAGACAGUGCCUCUGCAUGUUGACGAUAGCCCGAGGGAACACUUCCACCCCUCCACGCCAACUGCAGGUGGCGCAAAGCGUCGUCGUUCUAGCCGUCGUGCUCCGGGGUGGCGCGAUCCUAGGAAAAUCCUCUUCGCUUUUGCAGCAUUGUCCAGCGUGGGCACUUUGAUACUGCUCUACUUUACCCUCUCCAUGGGGAAGAUGGCAGGAGGUCAAGCUGAUGGCCAGUGAUAGCCUUGCUCUGUAUUGUUUGCCACAGCAUCACUAAUAUUUGUACAGAAGAAACUAAAGAACUGGUCGGUUGCUAAUGUAGUAGCCACAUCACCGCGUAUAUCACCAUGAUUUGAGAUGUUUGUACAUAGACACAGGAAAGUUUUACAGAUACAGUUUUAGGUGAAAGGCUUUUUCUCAUGAGCAGCGUUGAACAGCUCUGUAAUAAAUGUGUCCAUUUGAGCUGAUAGUUACUUCCUCCGUUCCAAAUUA